UACUGACUUGCAGCGAAGAGCAACAUACACUUCGCUUUUUCUCUGUUUUGACCCUUGCUGGUGGUUGUAGUUAGGCAUCGGGGCGGGGGAGAAACCGAAAGCAGGGAGGAGCAAGAUGGCGGCGUUUGCUGUGACCAGGAGGCUCUCGGGAGUGGUAAGAUCAUUCAGUUCUUUGGUUCCCUUGGCCAAUAAUGGCUGUUGCUCUGUUCGCCCUCUCUCUGGGCUGCAUAUGUGUCACAUCAACGUUGGGCAAUUAUUGACUGUUUCCAUUAGAAAACCUCUUCUGUCUGGUAAUGUUUCUUCUGGACAUUCAGUCUCCAUUUUGAACUGUGUCACACCCCUGCUGCCAAGUAUCCUGCAUCAGCAAAGGAGGACGCUCAUCGAAUACAGUUUGCGAAAAGGGAAAAGGAAAACUGUAAAACCUGUGGUGCAUAGAUUUCUCAGACUGCACUGUGGCCUUUGGCUAAGGAGAAGGGCUGGUUACAAGAAAAGACUGUGGAAAAAAUCUGCUAGGCGUAAAAAGCGCUUGAGGGAACACGUGUUCUGCAAUAAAACACAGAGUAGGAUGCUUGAUAAAAUGACCACUUCCUUCUGGAAGAGAAGAAACUGGUACCUCAAUGACCCCUACCAGAAAUACCAUGAUCGUACAAACCUUAAUUUGUAAACUGUCAAAUGCACAUAAGUUCAUGUCAUUUUUGUAUGCUGAGUCGGUCACUUCCCCGUACAUAUAUGGAACAAGCAGAACAAUACAAUUUCUGUUAUAUUACUGAUUCAAAAUAAACUGAAACUGAUUAUACUGAAUAUUGAUUUGAAAUUAAUUAAUGUAUUCCAACAAAAGUUGAUAGCUACUGGUGCAUGAAUAACAUUUCUUUGUCUUAACCUUAUGUCAGGGAAUAUGAAUGGUAUGUGUUUUAAAUCCUGACUGUAUAAAAUAGGAAUAGUAGCCUUAUUCAGCAAUGACUACAUUACUCCUGCUGCUGAACAGACCUUCAAAAUUUAUGUUGAGAGUCCUAUUGCAAACGAGAUGAAGCCUUUAAAGAAUAAACACUUGCUUAGAAUAA